AUGAAAUUUGCCAUUGAAGAGAUCAACAACUCCAGUGGCCUCCUGCCCGGUGUCACUUUGGGCUAUAAUAUCUUUGACCACUGCUCAGACAUCCAGAACUUUCCAGGCAUUUUCAACCUUCUCUGGGGGAAAAAAUCCUUCAACCCUUGGGACAUAACCCGCCUCAACUUCUCCAAAGUCAUUUCAGUGGUUGGUACCUUUACAAGCCCUGAAUCCAGAACUGUGGCGCCCAUGUUCAUGAGACAACUUAUUCCAAUGUUUUGCAACUGUAGUGAGCUGCAUCCAGAGGAUAUUUUGAAGGCUGCAAAUGCCUUCACUUUCCCUGUGUACGCAGCAGUGUAUGCCAUCGCUCACGCCCUACACAACACGCUGCAAUGUGGAGACGACAAGUGCAGCAAGAGCAUCACUGCAUAUCCACAUAUGGUCCUUUCUGAGCUGAAGAGAAUAGUGUUCUUGAUUCUGAACCACACCAUUAAAUUUGAUCAAAAUGGAGACCUGAGUGCCACUUUGGUGUUGAAGCAUUUCCCCAUUGUGGUGUUUUGUUUUGAUCAUCUGCAGGUUCCCUCAUCACUGUGCUCGCCUGAGUGCCUGGACGGACAUCGGAGAAUGGACCCAUACACGUGUCUGGCCUGUGAGGAGACUGAGUGGUCGCCUGAAGCCAGCACCUCAUGUAACCAGCGCUCAGUGGAGUUUGUCCCAUUUGAGGAUGUCUUUGCCAUAGUGAUCAUGGUUGGGACUGGGGUUUUGCUGGUCGUCUCUCUCCUCACUGCUCUGCUCUUUGGUCUGAACUACAACACUCCUGUGGUGAGAUCUGCAGGUGGACCCAUGUGCUUCCUGAUUCUGGGCUGCCUCAGUCUCUGCAGCAUCAGUGUGUUUUUCUACUUUGUGGACCCAUACACGUGUCUGGCCUGUGAGGAGACUGAGUGGUCGCCUGAAGCCAGCACCUCAUGUAACCAGCGCUCAGUGGAGUUUGUCCCAUUUGAGGAUGUCUUUGCCAUAGUGAUCAUGGUUGGGACUGGGUUUUUGCUGGUCGUCUCUCUCCUCACUGCUCUGCUCUUUGGUCUGAACUACAACACUCCUGUGUGCAUUUUCUUCGGAGGUGGUUGUGUUGGGGCAUCUGAAUACAGUCAAGAUGGAGACUAUAUAAUUGGGGGUCUUUUUAAUAUCCACUGGGAAACUCACCCCCAACAAUAUUACACACCAGAAGUCCUACAGUGCUCUAGUUCAUCUUUUUACGUGUCCAGUUAUCGCCGGUUCCAGUUGAUGAAAUUUGCCAUUGAAGAGAUCAACAACUCCAGCGGCCUCCUGCCCGGUGUCACUUUGGGCUAUAAUAUCUUUGACCACUGCUCAGACAUCCAGAACUUUCCAGACAUUUUCAACCUUCUCUGGGGGAAAACCCCUUUCAACCCCUGGGACAUAACCCGCCUCAACUUCUCCGAAAUUAUUGCAGUGGUCGGCUCCUCUACAAGCCAUUUGACUAGAGCUGUGGCUCCAAUGUUCAUGAAUAAUCUAAUCCCUAUGAUCAGUUAUGCGGCGUCCAUUUCAAUAUUUUCUCUAAAACACUUAUUCCCCUCAUUCUUCCGUACUGUCCAUACCAACAAGGAUGUGUUUUGCAACUGUAGUGAGCUGCAUCCAGAGGAUAUUUUGAAGGCCGAGAACUCUUUCAACUUCCCUGUGUACGCAGCAGUGUAUGCCAUCGCUCACGCCCUACACAACACACUGCAAUGUGGAGACGACAAGUGCAGCAAGAGCAUCACUGCAUAUCCACAUAUGGUCCUUUCUGAGCUGAAAAGAUUAACGUUCAUGAUUCUGAACCGCACCAUUCAAUUUGAUCAAAAUGGAGACCUGAGGUUUGGACAUUAUGAUAUCAUCACAUGGAACAGCAGUGGAGAGGCAGAGAUCAUCGGAGUCCACACAUUUCAGUCGCCACCCGUUUUUUUCAUCGAUGAAUUCAAAGUCCACUGGCACAACAAUGGUCAAGUUCCCUCAGCAUUGUGCAUGCCCGAGUGCCCGAAAGGAUAUCGGAGAAGUGUGGAGGGAAUUCACAAAUGCUGUUAUACAUGUAUCAAAUGUCAAAAGGAUGAAUACAUUAACAAUUCAGUGGACCCAUACACGUGUCUGGCCUGUGGGGAGACUGAGUGGUCGCCUGAAGCCAGCACCUCAUGUAACCAGCGCUCAGUGGAGUUUGUCCCAUUUGAGGAUGUCUUUGCCAUAGUGAUCAUGGUUGGGACUGGGGUUUUGCUGGUCGUCUCUCUCCUCACUGCUCUGCUCUUUGGUCUGAACUACAACACUCCUGUGGACUGGACAAGGGGAGGGGCCAGAGGUGGUGGGCGUGGGGGCCGGGGAGGAAGAAGGGGUGGAAGCUGGAAAGGGGGCAGGGAUGUGUGUCACCUCUGUUACAGGCACGGUCACUGGGCGAGGGACUGCCCCUUUGAAGGAGAGGCCUCCUACUACCAUGGAGCGCCUGAGAUGGUGCGUGGGAGGGGCCCCCAGAGAGGCAUGGGACCCAGACCAGAGCGCGCAGGCCCUCCCUCCCCAUGGACGGCUCCGAAUGACAACCUGGCCCCGAGAGAUGGACAAUAUUUCCAGCAUGGGAACUACUGGGGCGAGGUGGAGGACGACAACCUGAUGGCCCUGGUGGACACUGGCGCCACCUACUCUACCAUCAAUACAAAGAUACGCCCUGUCCUGCUCUCUGAGGAGCACAUCACCCUGGUUGGAUUUUCUGGGACACCUGAGGUGCCUGCAGAAGUUUGGUCCCAAGGUCCCACGGACGUGGGGUUGUGCACCUCUUUCCCUCCUGUGUCUUUACAGAUGAAGCCAGGAGGCCCGAUUCGCAUAAAGCAGAAUGCCGCCAAACCAGACGCUGUCGAGGUAAACAGCGGUGUUUUAACUGACAAACCAUCAGCGCAGGCGGCAGAACUAGAGGCUCUCUGCGCCGCCUUGGAGUUUGCUAAAGGUAAAUCUGUAAAUAUUUACUCCGACUCUGCGUAUGCUACUCAGGCUGUCCAUUUCAACCUCUCCGAGUGGAAAAGAAACGGCUUCUUGACUGCUAAAGGCCGACCCAUCACACAUAGAGCCCUGGUGGAGAGGCUGGACAGCGCUCUCCAGCUUCCAAAACAGGUAAGCGUCAUCAAGUGCCAAGGGCACUCCAAGUCAGACAACUUUGAGGCCAGGGGAAACGAGGUGGCGGAUGAGGCCGCAAAGAAAGCUGCCAACUACAAGGUCAGUACUCCAGGAGUGUUUGUGGUACGGGACGAGGGGCCAGACCUGGCAGACUGCCUGCCCGAUCUGUCCCUUCAGGUUUUAGCUGAAGCCCAAACAAAAGCAGCUCCUGAAGAAAUAUCCAUGUGGGUUCAAAAACGGGCAAAGAAGGAUCCAGAUACUGGCAUCUGGUACGGCCCUGAUGGCCGCCCCGCCCUGCCCAUGGGGGACCUCUCACGAGCAGCUUUAUCUGAGGCACAUGGGCUAGCCCAUGUGGGUCAGGUUGAAGGAAGUCUCGACCUCUGCGAGAAGGAGGCCUCGGAGGAUCCACCUGCCUGGGUCCGUGUGAAGGUGUUCAAAAGGAAGUGGAACGAGCCCCGCUGGACCGGACCCUUUGAAGUGGUGGCCCGCACUCGCAAAGCUGUUCAACUGAAGGGACACGGGAACAAGUGGUUUCAUCUCUCUCAUACGAGACCAUCUGACCCACCCUCGUAA